GAGGUAUUGUACAUUCCGUGGUAUUCCUAACAAAAGCAUUUUAAAGCUCUGACAGUUUUUCAAACCUGUUGCAUUUGCAAAAUGGCGCGCUGUUCAACCUGGGGCCUGUUAUUUAUCACGAUCUUAUACUUUAUCGGUGCAGCACACGUCUGCCAAGCCCAAGGAAUACAAUCUGGAAAUUCCUCUUGGUCAUUAGAUCCUUACCUGGGACAAUAUGAUUUCGUCUUGGAGAGCCGACAUCUUAUGGAAGAAUUCGUUAACGGAAUCUUAGAUGUACCAAAAAAUGUGGCCAAUGGCCCGACCAGUAUUAUCUUCAGCAAGACAAGCGAUGGAAAAUACAAGCAGGAAACCGUACGGAGUGAUCCAAAGUACAAUGUUGUCAGCGUUUUUGUUCUGGGCGAAACAUCAUCCCUACAGACAGCCCCGGGAUACAAGCUCAAGUCAACAUAUAUGAUGCCCGAUCGGUAUACUCUCCGUUCACGAAUUUCCUACUGGAAAAACGAUGUUGACGUCGCUGAAUAUGCAGUAACAUUUUCAUUCACCCCCGAUGGCAGCGGAAUAAGCAAUGUUUUGGAGGUUAUUCAUCCAAAACAGUUUCAAGCGUCUGUAACCCUUGCUCGUAACCGGACUGGAUCGCGAUAAUGCGCUUGCAGUAUUACUGUAUAUUACUGUGCAUAUCACCAUGUAUUGUGCAUCACUAUGCAUAUACUGUACGGUAUACUACUAUGCAUUUUUUUCAGUUUGCUUUACAGACUGUUACACAGGAACCUUACCAAUUUAUAAGUUUUUUCUUGAGUUGUUUGGAAAAGACCUGUGGCAUUCGACAGCCAAUUGUUGUAAUAAUAAUAAAAUGUGUUAAUGCUGACUGCUAAUUGGGC